CAUGAAAGUCAGGCCUUCCUCCAAAAUGAAUUUCAUGUUCCAAAAGGGAGCUCCCUGUUUCUGUGUCCAUGGCUUUGCCUGGCUUUUCUGCGACUUGUGGAAUGUUCUCAUUCUCAAAAUUAUUGCAAAUAAACUGCUGCAUGUUAAAGCUAUAAGAGUUAACCAUACAUAUGUUCUACUAAUAAAUUGGUCCUAGAAUCCACCAACUAAUAUGGUCUACUAAAAAACUUAGUUAAUACUGUCGUAAUCAUCAUUCUACUAAAAAAUUACUCAUUAUUGAUUAACCGAUAAAAAAAUAUUUAGACCGAGUAACCGAACAGAAUUGACAUCGGUAUAAAAAUCCUUAACUAAUUACGAACCGACUUCUAGUGAUAAUGUCAGUUUGGCCGUAAUGAAUAGACGAUCCAUAAGCGGUAAACGUUCACUACUCUCAAAGCUGGUUUUAUCACCCUUUAAAGCUAUUGAGCAAAUAACAUUUUUAGACACAAAAAUGGUUUGACUACUGAAAGUCAGGUGGCCGAAACACUCUCCCUGAUCACAGGAGUGAUUCGGACAGCCUAGUCAAGCCACCCGUUUUGCUGCCCUGUCGCGUUCUGGGUGGGUAAAGCACCCAGAUCAAAAAGGAUUGCAAAAUAAAAACAAAUUAAAGUAAUAAAAGUCACACAAAUGGUGGCUUAGAACAACGCUUUCGGAAGGUUUUGAUAUACAAAUGAUCUUUGACCAAUCUUCUACACCCACCGCACCUCCGCCUCUAAUCUCGCAGCCGCCCGCCGACCAUUUCUGUGUUCGCCAAAACCUGUACAGAUGCUACCUCUCGUGCCCAUCAUCAUACUCCAACUCUUCUUCUCCCCCUCCGCCUUUGCUGUGGACUUCCUCUACAACUCCUUCAAUGGGAUGGUCAAUGCCACCAACGUCACACUCAUCAACGACGCCCGGUUCGACUCCUCCGUCGUCCGCCUCACCAACGACUCCAACCAGUUCUCCUUCGGGCGAGCCUUCUACCCAACCAGGCUCACCAUGAUCAAACCCACCUCAAACUCCUCCGGUACCGUGAUCUCUUCCUUCUCAACCUCCUUCGUGUUCUCGAUAUUGCCCGAGACCUCUUCCAGUCCCGGCCACGGCCUCGCCUUUGUGCUAUCGAAUACUACUUCUCCGCCCGGUGCGCUUGCUAGCCAGUACUUCGGGCUCUUCACGAACGCUACUGUGCCUGCCGUGGCGACCCUUUUUGCGAUUGAAUUUGAUACGGGUCGAAGCCCAGAGUUCAAUGACCCAGAUGGCAAUCACAUCGGGGUCAAUCUCAAUAAUAUCAUAUCGACGACGACCGCGCCGGCCGGAUACAAUAAUUCGAUGGGGGAUUUCGUCCCUGUACAGAUGCGGAAUGGUCAGAAUGUACGAGCUUGGAUCGAUUUCAAUGGCACGAGCUUCGAAAUCAAUGUUACUGUAGCGCCGAUUGGUGUGCCGCGCCCCUCUACGCCUACUCUUAGUUUCAAGGAUCCGGUUAUAGCUAAUUACGUUUCGGCUGAGAUGUACGUUGGAUUUUCGGCGUCGAAGACUGAGUGGGUAGAGACACAGAGGGUUUUGGCUUGGAGCUUCAGCGACGUUGGGGUUGCUAGGGAGAUAAACACGACAAAUUUCCCGGUUUUUGAGCCUGUAUCGUCGUCUAAUUCGUUGUCAGCUGGGGAAAUCGCUGGGAUUGCCAUUGGUUGCGUUGCUUUUGUGAUGAUUUGUGCAUCUGGGUUUUACUUGUAUUGGCGAACGACCAAGUUGAAAGAUGAAGAAGAGGAGAUCGAGGAUUGGGAACUGGAAUACUGGCCACAUAGAUUUUCCUACGAGGAGCUAAGCCAGGCCUCAGAUGGGUUCUCCAAUCAGAACCUUCUGGGCUCGGGUGGAUUCGGAAGAGUCUUCAAAGGAACUCUCCCAAACAAAACCGAAAUCGCAGUCAAAUGCGUGAGCCACGACUCGAAACAGGGGCUGAGAGAGUUCAUGGCAGAGAUAUCAAGCAUGGGCAGGCUGCAGCACAAGAACCUGGUCCAAAUGCGCGGAUGGUGCAGAAAGGGCAACGAGCUCAUGCUCGUCUACGACUACAUGCCCAACGGAAGCCUCAACAAACGGAUCUUCGACAAGCCCACCAAAGUACUCGACUGGCAACAGCGCUGCAGAGUCCUUGCCGACGUAGCCGAAGGCCUAACCUAUCUCCACCACGGCUGGGACCAAGUGGUCGUUCACAGAGACAUUAAGUCGAGCAACAUAUUGCUGGACUCCGACAUGCGAGGCCGGCUCGGAGACUUCGGGCUCGCCAAGCUUUACCAACACGGCGAAGUCCCUAACACCACACGUGUGGUCGGUACUUUAGGCUACCUAGCGCCUGAGCUGGCUAGGGUGGCGGCGCCCACGUCAGCAAGCGAUGUGUAUAGCUUUGGGGUUGUGAUACUAGAAGUGGCGUGUGGGAGGAGACCGAUCGACAUGGCGGCGACGGAGGAGGUUGUGUUGAUGGAGUGGGUGACGGAGCUGUACGGACAGGGGAAGGUGGUCGAGGCGGCGGACCCGACGAUGAGGGGGCGGUAUGAGGUGGAGGAGAUGGAGAUGGUGCUCAAGCUUGGGCUGGAUUGCUGUCACCCCGAACCGCAAAGAAGGCCCACCAUGAAGGAGGUGGUGGCCCUGCUGCUGGGCGCACAGUUGGCCGCUGCGCCAGCGGACUUGUUGUCGGAGUUGGCCCGCGGUGACACAAGCACCGGCGGUGGUGGGUCGGAAGAGGCUGCAAUGCUCCGGCCUCCGGUGUGAAUGCAAAAAUUUUUUCUUCUCUAAAGAAUUUUUGUGAAUGAUAGUUUGACAGCAGAGUUUUGACAAGUGAACUUUAUUUAAUAUUAUCUUCCACGACUCUUUUAUU